AUGCUAAUUAAAACAUUUAGUCAUGUGGUUUUAGCAAGUGUAAAGACGAGCGCGUAUAAGAGUUUAGUAGCCAUAAAAAUAAUGAAAGUGGAGAAGCAACCAUUCACCAUGUUAGCAAACGAGUUGACCAUCAUGAAGAAGAUACGUCAUGAUAAUGUUGUUAGCGCCAUUGACGCCAUCUAUGUAGAGGCGGUCAACAAAGUCUGGCUAGUGAUGGAAUACAUGAAAGGUUGUUCACUGACCAAGAUUGUAAGAAACGCUCCAUUGCGAGAACCUCAGAUCAGAUACAUAGCCAGGCAAUGUCUGAACGGUAUAGACUAUCUACACAAAGAGAAUAUAGUACACAGGGAUAUCAAAAGUAACAAUGUUCUUGUAGACGUACGUGGAAGAGUGAAAAUCACAGAUUUUGGUACAAGUUACAUAUUCAACAGACAUGACAUGAAGGCGGAAAUUGUAGGUUCGCCAUGUUGGAUGGCACCGGAAGUAGUUGCUAGGAAACCAUACGAUUUUAAGAUUGACAUUUGGAGUUUUGGGAUCACAUUGGUAGAGAUGCUCGAGGGUGAUCCCCCAUACAUCAACGAAGAAACAACCAAUAUCAUCAAACUUGUGAAAGGGAUCGGAAAACCAUUCUUUAAAACAUACUUUAAAUUAUCCAAAGAACUUAAAUCUUUUGUAGACAGGUGCCUCAUAGUUGAUCCAGAUAAAAGAGCUUCAGCACGAGAGCUCAAGGAGCACGAAUUCUUAGACAGUGAUAUGGAAGUUGUUACUGCUUCAUUCGUUAAAAAAUAA